AUGACUACACCCAUUGCUUCAUAUAAAGAACGUAAUUUUAUAGCUGUAAUUGGGGAUGAGGAUUCAGUAACUGGUUUAUUAUUAGCUGGAAUUGGUCAUGUUAAUGGACCCAAAAAAAACUUUCUUGUUGUAGAUUCUAAAACUACAUUAUCAAAGAUUGAAGAAACAUUUAUUGAAUUUACUAAAAGAAAAGAUAUUGCAAUCGUUCUGAUAAAUCAACAUGUUUAUCCUGAAAAAGACAGUGUUCUUAAACGUGUUCAACGUUUAUUUG